GAGUGUGACUAGAUCGCAGCAUGUCAGGAAAAUUUUUACUUUGUGCGCUGGCUUGCUGGUGUUCUCUCUCUACUUCGUCGCUUGUGGAGAACCAGACAAGGGAGUUCCUGCAGAAAUUUGAUGAGGAAGCCAGUGCUCUUAUGUACCAGUACUCACUGGCAUCAUGGGCCUACAACACCAACAUCACAAAGGAGAACUCGGAUAAACUGUCAGAAGAGGGUCAAAUUUGGGGCAAGUUCUACACUGAAAGGUCAGAACAGGCUCAGAAAUUCCCCAUUAACGAAAUCAAGGAUCCUCAAAUCAAAUUACAGCUCAUCACUCUACAAGACAAAGGUGCCGGUGCUCUCUCUCCGGAUGAAGCUUCACACCUGAGCAAGAUCAUGAGUGACAUGAGUACAAUCUACAGCACAGCAACUGUGUGCAUGAUGGACGACCCGCUAAACUGUCAGACUUUGGAGCCAGGACUGGAACACGUGAUGUCCACUAGCCACAACUACUCCGAGCUUCUGCACGUGUGGGAGGGAUGGCGGAGAGAGGUGGGCAAGAGGAUGAGGCCACUCUACGAGGACUAUGUGCUUCUGAAGAACCAAGCUGCCAAACUAAAUGGGUUUGAGGACUAUGGAGCUUACUGGAGAUAUAACUAUGAGACUAUUGAUGAGGAAAGUCCAUACGAUUAUACCAGAAAUCAGCUAAUGGAAGAUGUACGCUCCAUCUAUAAACAGAUCCUGCCCUUAUACAAGGAGCUUCAUGCUUAUGUGAGGGCAAAGCUGAUGAAAGUCCACACAGGCCACAUUGAUGAAAAAGGACCUUUGCCAGCCCAUCUCUUGGGUGACAUGUGGGGAAGAUUUUGGACCAACUUGUAUCCUCUGUCAAUGCCCUACCAGGGUGAGAUUGAUGUCAGCAAAACAAUGGUAGAAAAGGGCUGGACUGAGCGGCGACUGUUCGAAGAGGCGGAGAAGUUCUUUAUGUCGGUGGGCCUGUACAAAAUGUUUGACAACUUUUGGACCAACUCCAUGCUGGUGAAACCUGAGGAUGGACGCAAGGUGGUUUGCCAUCCCACAGCAUGGGACAUGGGGAACAGAAAAGACUUUAGGAUCAAAAUGUGCACUCAAGUCAACAUGGAUAACUUUCUGACUGUCCACCAUGAGAUGGGCCACAACCAGUACCAGAUGGCGUACCGAAAACUGCCCUACCUCUUGAGAGACGGGGCCAACGAGGGUUUCCACGAGGCCGUCGGGGAAAUCAUGUCCCUGUCUGCCGCCACACCCAAGCACCUGCAGAGCCUUGGCCUCCUGCCUUCUAACUUCACCUAUGAUAACGAGACAGAGAUUAACUUCCUUCUAAAGCAAGCGCUCACUAUUGUAGCCACUCUGCCUUUCACCUACAUGCUGGAGGAGUGGAGGUGGCAGGUCUUUGCAGGAAAUAUCCCCGAGGAUAAAUGGAUGCAGCGCUGGUGGGAGAUGAAGAGAGAGCUCGUCGGUGUGGUGGAGCCCGUGCCGAGAGAUGAAACUUACUGUGACCCCGCUGCUCUGUUCCACGUUUCUGGAGACUAUUCCUUCAUCCGGUACUUCACAAGAACCAUCUACCAGUUCCAGUUUCAAAAAGCCCUUUGUGAUGCUGCCGGUCACUCCGAUGCCUUGUCUUCAUGUGACAUCACCGGUUCAGCUGUCGCAGGCACCAAACUCAGGAACAUGUUAGAGUCGGGUCGGUCCCAGUCGUGGACCCGAGCUUUACAUACAAUAUCUGGAGAUAUCAAGAUGGAUGCUAAACCACUGCUGGAUUAUUUCCAAAAACUUUACGUGUGGCUGAAGGAGGACAACAUGAAACACAACCGCGUUGUUGGCUGGGAUGCAGCGGUAGAUCCAUAUUCUGAUUAUGCCAUCAAAGUGAGGCUCAGUUUAAAAAUGGCCAUGGGUGAUGAAGCUUAUUCCUGGAACGCCAACGAGCAGUACCUGUUCAAAGCCAGCGUGGCCUACGCUCUGAGACAGUACUACAGCCAAAAGAACACCACCCUCCUCUUCACAGCGGAGAACGUUAUAACUUACAAACAAACGCCCAGGAUUUCCUUCUACAUUGUGGUCACCGAUCCAAAGAAUCCGUCCGUAUAUGUGCCAAAGGAAGAUUUGAAGGCAGCCAUACGACUAUCCCGAGGCCGACUCAACGAUGCUUUCCAACUAGACGACCACACACUGGAGUUUGACGGUAUCCCAGCAACCCUUUCACCUCCCGUGGAGCAACCGGUGGAGGUGUGGCUGGUGGUGUUUGGAGUGAUCAUGGGAGUGGUGGUGCUCAUGGGACUCUUUCUCAUUGUCUCUGGCAUCAAAGACCGCAAAAAGAAGAAUCGGAAAAGCACGGGGGUGGAAAAUCCCUACGAGCCUGAGGCCAAUGGACAGACCAACAGAGCCUAUGAGGACAGUAGUGAUGAACAAACCGGUCUCUGAAGAAUGAUCUGCUUUUUUCCCACCUCCAAUGAAAAUUAAUGCGAGCUCAGCACCAGGCCUCUUUGAAAUAUCAUCAUAUCACAGGUAGAAACUUGACCUUCAGUUAUUUGAUUAUGGAUAAGUUAGGAACAUUCAGCUUUUGGGGAAGUUCAAUUUCCCCGAUUUUGGGGAGUCGUGUUUGUGAAACUAAUAAUGCAGCACUGGACUGUGUUGUAAAAUAUGUACUUAUAUAGCACUAAAACAAAGCCUCACAUACAUUUAAAUAUAUUUUUGUUUCUUUUGUGGACACAAUACCAUUGCUAAGGUUUAUUUAUCAGUGUUAAUAGGUGUAUGAUGUAAAUAAUAAUAUCAUUGAAUUCAUUAU